GUAAGAGCAGGGCGUGGAGGACUGACUGAGUUCCGUUAAAGAAGGAAACAUCUGGGAGCGCCGAGGCUCUCACACCGCACCUCGCUAUUGUCAGGAAAAGGGUGAAAUAACGGAGCGAACCACGAGGAGAAGGUUUACUUGAACAAGGAACUCCAGAUUUAAUCCUCCAGACAUACAAGAUUUUCUACACCAGUUAGAGAGAGGGGUGUUUUCCUGACUGCACUGUAGCUGCAGCACUGCCGAAAGCGUCUUGGUCAACAGCCUCGACUUAAUCAAACCGACACUAGUGGAUUCUCUGACGGAUUCUCGCGAAAGCUUUUUAGUCCUACGUUUCCCAUCAUGGCUUUGGUGGUGCUGCAGAGCUCCCGUCUGCUGUGGGCACGUGUGGCUGCCCUGCUGUUCGCAUGUGUGGCAUUUAGCGUUGCCACCCAUGGGGGCUUUGUAACUGGCAGCAUGUACGACUGGUGCAUGUUCUGCUGGGUGUUCAGCUUUAUCUGCACCCUGCUGGUGUUAGUGGUGGAGCUGCUGGGCCUCCAAGCCAGAGUGCCUGUGUCCUGGACCAAUUUUCCCAUCACUUUCGCCUGCUACGCUGCACUACUGUGCCUUUCUGCGUCCAUCCUCUUCCCAUUUUGGUAUCUCAGGGGCUCUCAAACCCAUGGAGAAGCCCGAGACCACAGGAUCGCGGCCACUGUUUUCUCCUGUCUAGCCACUUUGGCCUACCUGGUGGAGGUGAGCCUGUCGCGGGCACGGCCGGGCGAAGUGACUGGCUACAUGGCUACGGUGCCGGGACUACUAAAGGUGUGUGAAACCUUUGUGGCCAUCAUCAUCUUCCUCUUCAUUAGCAACCCUGUGUCAUACAACAACUAUCCUGCGCUCAAAUGGUGCAUGGCGGUGUACUGCAUCUGCUUCAUCAUAUCGAUGUCCAUCGUGGUGCUGUGUGUCGGAGAGUGUACCGGCUGCCUUCCAAUCCCAUUCCCCCGUUUCCUGUCUGCUUACGCCUUAUUGGCUGUUCUGAUGUAUCUCUCAGCUACCAUCAUCUGGCCUGUGUUUAAGUUUGACAGUCGUUACAACGGCCAGACUCAGCGACCUGUCUCUUGCCAGAACUUUGGACUUUGCGCUUGGGAUAAACUGGUCGCCAUAGCUGUUCUCACUGCCCUCAACUUUCUGAUCUACCUGGCGGACCUGGCAUACUCUGCCCGACUGGUGUUUGUUCGCACAUGAAAGACUGAAUGCCUCUGACUCUAUGUGAAAAUGCGAACAACUGAAUGUUUUACGUUUGCCUAUAAUCUACCACUGCUGCCUUAAAGAGGAAAACUGUGCUGUGUCUUUGUGCUGUUUUUGACACGAUGCCUGUAUCCAUGAAGCCUAUGUCAGUCACAUUCCUGCAUACCUGUAACACAAGAUGCGUGCUUUAUCACUGUAUUUGAUUAUUGCACUUUCUAGACUGAAUGAGUCCGUUUGGAAAAUCAGGCAGAUUUUCAGUGUUAUAUUUUUAUGCCUUUUUCAAACAUAAUCCAGAUGAGUUUGAAGUCAUGUUUGCUAAGUGGUGUUAAGUGAAUAAAUUUGUAUUAUCACACA